AUGAGCAUCAAGAAAUAUUCCAAUCAAGACAUAUCACCCAAGGAUGAUGCACAAAAGGUUUUCCAAGUUCUGAAAAACGGGGGCAUCGCUAUCAUUCCGAGCAAUGUUGGAUAUGGAAUUGUUGCCACUGAUCCGAAGGCGCUUCGUCGCAUCUUUAAUGCAAAAAACCGCCAACCGCAUAAACGCCACGCUAUGAUUGGUAGUCACAAUCUUCAUAAAGCUAUUCAUCAUAUUUCUGCACGAGAGGCAGAGAUGGUUUCACGGUUGACAUUCGACCUUGACCUAACCGUUGGAGUUGUCGCCUCUUAUCAUCCCGACCAUUCAGUAAUCAAGAAAAUUCCACAAGAUUUACUCGAGCAGAGUUCCGUCGAAGGAACUAUGGCUAUGCUUGUGAAUGGAGGAAAACUCCAAGAGGAGUUAUCUAAGCUGGCAACCAAUGCAGAGCUUCCACUGCUCGGGUCUUCUGCUAACCUCACGGGCACGGCGACGAAAGUAACCGUAGAAGAAAUCGAGCCUGAGAUCAAAGCUGCGGCAGAUAUAAUCAUCGACUAUGGACGACAGAAAUAUUCUCACCCGCGCUCUUCCUCGACAAUGAUCAAUUUCAACGAUCUGAGAGUGCUUCGCUUUGGAGCCUGUUACGAAGUGAUACAGGACGUGUUUUCUCGUUUCUACGGUAUCCAUCUGCCGGAUGAUCCAGGCCGAGAUGUUUUGUUCUCGGGACAUCUUACACGCAGUCGCGAUGUAAAUUAA